CGCUUCCGAAGUACCGAUCGAGGCCUGCUGCGGACGUGCCGAACAGUCUGUCCUUGUUACGGGGACGCUCGACGGAGUUCGGUACGAAAAGCUCGAGCAAUGGCUUCGUAGUAUGACGGCGUUGCUGUUCGAACACAUUAUAAAGAAACAAGUAAACAGUUCAUUUCUUUCCCGUGUAGCCGCAGGCAAUUUUUUUUUUGCUCACAAGGGGCACGCCUACAACGGGCCCGCUGGCGGCACGUCUGACCAGAUGGUUUUAAUGCGCUCGACCUUCCUGCAAAUGUUGUCACCCUUUUUGGGAGCAUCGAACGGCGGCGCUGAUAACCAGUCGGCGAAUAGGGAAUCGCCGCCGUACGCUCUUUAUGAGAACCGAGGCUCAUACACCGUGUGCGUCUGCGCGCCCGGCGUAUCCGAUAAAGACCAAGUCCACGAUAUAAGCAGUUGUUAA